GACAGUUCUGAUGGUUUCCCACCAAUGGGUGGAAGACUUCGACAGGAAACAGCUAACCAAUAUGCCAGACAAUCACAGAGUGAAGUAACAGUUUCAUUAUCUCUGGACCUCAUACCACAAGAAAUGCACAGUCCUUCACAUAGAAAUAGUCAUGUUAGGUGAGGACCUUGACACCAACUAAUGAUUUAAAUAAGGAUUAAUUUUAAUUAUGGUUAGCUAUAAAAAUGAGAAAACAUUCUUACUUGAUAACUUUUAAUGAUACCAUUACAAAUUCACCAAUACCCUUUUUAUUCUGUUCAAGUAUAACACAACACUUUAUUAACAGCUCAACCAAUUUUGUUGAAAAAUUGCAGCACUCUUUCAGUCAGUAGCAUAUUUUAAGUGGUGUUAACAAUUUACUGUUUCUUGGAAAUUGACAUAAAUUCACUAUAAUGUGAUGUCUCAACUGAAACAUCAUUCAAUUCGUUACUUCUUCAACUUUUUUAGGUUUGAGGUCAAACUACUGUUACUACUUAAUUGAACUGUUUGCCUCCAAACUUAAAAAUCUUGAAGCAGUUAAUGAAUUGGAUGAUAUUUCAGUCUCUUGUGCGGUCAUAUUAAGAUGGUAAUGCUAACUCUACUGUUAUUAUGCUUUUGAAAUGAGUUAGCAUUACAAUCUUAAUCUCACCACCAAAAGAGGCUUUUCCAUAGCUGUGCACCCUAACUGCUGGUUUAAAACUGUCUUGAUUAAUACAAAACUCAGCAGAAUGAAUUUAGUUAGGUGCUGUAUAAAUAAAAAAAUAUGUCAGAAAGACAUCUGAUGCUUCCUUUGGUUAUAUAUAGUACGCUACUAUCUCUAUGUCACAUACAGGUAUCUAAAAUUGGAGUACAAAUAUUAAACAAGUCUAAUUAAAAAAUGAAAAUGAACUUUUCAAUUUUAAAAAUGGAACAUAAGAGGAUAUAAUUUUCUUUAAUCAUUAUUUAAAAUUAUAAUGAAUAGUCAGAAUUCAUCUAACGUUUUAAAACUAAAUGCAGUUUUUGUAUAUAAAAGAGUUUCUUUAAUCAAACACACACACCCAUCCUACUCACCCCCCCGUAAAUAUUUAAUACCCCACACUUUUAAUAUUUGCAAAAUAAAUAGUUUUUCGAAUAAUAAGUAAUUUAGAGGGGGAAAAUCUUAGUCUGUCAGUAACCUAAAUAGCGUUUUCAAACAUACAGGAACAAAAAGAUGUAUUGGAAAAGGGAUACAGCAGACCUUAGUAUUAGUGACUCAGAAAUAGCAGCUCUCCCAGCCAACCGCAUGAAAAAGACAAAGAGAAAUUCAAGCAAGGCAUAUUCUCGACCUUUGCCAAGAGGACUUUGUAAUGGGUAGUAACAGAAAUUUCAUUUUAAUAUUUGCAAAUGAUAACGUUUCAAAAGGAAUUUGAAUUCCUAGAGCCUAUUGGGCCAUCCAUAAAUGACAUCAUGCUUUUUUGGCAGAUUUUUCAGCCUCUGUUCCCCAAUAUUCAAAAAAAUUUCAAUAAAUUUAGACACCCUAAUAACACUGUCAUUUAUGGAUGACCCCUAUUGUAAAAAUUCUGUUUUCAUCAGCUACAGAAUAGUUAAAAUUACUUGAUAAAUAUAAAGUAUACAAAUUAUUAAAAAAAGAGGAAUGUACAGAAUAUUUCAUUCUGGAUUAGAUGUAUUAAGGAAUUCAGUUAGCUUUUCAUAAAUAUACCCAGUAAGCAUAGUAAGACUGCAUAAUAAGAUCUCUUAACCGCAUGGGGAUUCUCUGCAAAUAUGCAUAAUACAAACAGAAUGCUAUAUGUACAAGAUCUUUAAGGAUUUACUGAAAAAUUAAUCUAAAUGUCAUACUUUCACUGUUUCUGAUUAUAUCAUAUAUGAUUAGACUACAGUGACAUCUAUUAGUAUUUCACAGAGUUAUAAAAAGACCCAAUUAAAAGUAACUCUGUUUAAAAAGACAAUAAAAUUAAUUUGAAAAGGAAUGUCCUUUUAUACACCUGAAUGAAAUGGUUUUUUUGCCUGAUGUAAAUCUGUCAAGUACUUUUUUUGCCUGCUGCAAAUACAAGUACAGUGAUAUUUUAGAUCAAAGAUACCUAAAAUUCAUGGUACUUUGUUAUUUAAUUAUUGGAAACAUACAGUAGAAAAGCAUAUUAUUUUACCAGACUUAAAACAUUACAAGUUUUAAAUCUAUUUCAAAUUGUACAAUUUUAAAUGGCAUAAAUUUAUGGUGUGUUUAAAUCAUAAUUAUUUUAAGCUUUGGAACCCUGGAUGUUGAAGUAGAAUCUCACACGUCUUGUCGAGACCUUCUUGAGGAGGCCAAACGCCUUAGAAAACAAAGUCUCCAUGCAGAGGCAAAAGCUAGAGAUAGACAAUCGGGAUCAAGAACUUCUCGUCAAAAAAGAUCAGCGCCAACUUUGAGAGAACGGUCAACAUCACCAGCUUCACCUUAUCGAAGAUACAGAUCCACCUCACGGGGCUCACAUUCUCGAAGAUGCAGAUCAACAUCACCUUCACAACCACGAUACACAUCAGCUUCACGAAGAUCUAGAUCUCAAUCAUUAUCCCCUAGGGAUCGAUCACCAGUACGGCGACAUGAGUCUUUAUCUCCUCCCCAAACAAGAGGUGAGAAAAAAAGCAGAGACCAUGGUAAACGAGAAAGAUCCCCAUCACCUUGCAGGCCAAGAGGGGAGUCUCUGUCCAAAGGUCAAGCAAGAGGUCGAUCCCCAUCCCGUCAAUCAAGAGGUGAGUCUAUUUCCAAAGAUCAGUCAAGAGGUCGAUCUCCAUCACCAUCACUUCGCCAAUCUAGAGGAGAGUCUUUUGCCAAAGAUGAAAGAGGUCGCUCUCCAUCCCCAUCUUUUCGCAAAUCUAGAGGAGAGUCUUUAGCCAAAGAUGAAAGAGGUCGCUCUAGAUCCCCAUCUUUUCGCAAAUCUAGAGGAGAGUCUUUAGCCAAAGAUGAAAGAGGUCGCUCUCCAUC